CGUCAGAUAAUGUGCCGUGAUAUGCUUCACUGUCAGUUGAUGACGGUGGAAUAAUGCGGGGUUGCAGUGGAAUCCAACUGUUGCCUCUAAGGUGCGGAACCCUGCAAUUGCCUGCUGCCUGGACUUUUGACGCCUCGACGACUUUACACUGCAGCCUCGUGUCCUUCACAUCACUCUCACUUCCUCCCACUUCCUUCUCAUCUUCGAUCCUUCCCUAUGCAACUUCUUGACAUCACUCGCCUCAUAUGCCGAUAGCCUUGACCGUCUCCUCAAUGGCCGAGCCAGCUAACGAUACUCUGCUGCCCGCCUUCGGCAUCCGCGCCCUGAACAGUCCCCAGGCUCCACCAGCCGUUGUUCAGGUCACCAGCACGCAAUAUGACAGUACCGUCAAGUCUCAGCCAGACGCCACACUGUCUUACGUCGACGACGAUGAUGGCGAGAUCAUCACCGUUGGCAGUUCCUUUGAACUGGGUCAGCGUCUCGACGAGCCUGUGAAGCAUUCCAACCUCUACGCCAUCCCCGCACUCAGAGUGCCGAACGAUUCCACCCCGAAUAGGAUGAUGCAUAUCUUCGAUAUCAAGCAUACCAACGCAACUUUGGCUGAAUGGAGAGAACAUGAGGCGUACACAAGCAAACAACUGCAAGAUCGAGGCUUAUCACAAGCCAACCCCGAUACCCCGAAGCAGGUUCCGGCAGGCAUGCCUCUCUUCAACGCUGUGACGGAGUUCAAGUCUGGACCCAGUCCUCUCGACCCUGUCCCUUCUCAAUCUGUGUCAAUCUCUUCCGGUUCGAUUGUGUCCUCUCAGUCACACUCGGCCCCUGCGACAGCCGAGACUUGUACUACUGCCUACUCGCCGCCAACAAAUGGCCAGUAUGGGCCAGCAGGAGUUGACAAGAUAUUUGCUGACAUGUUUGGUGGCAUUGAAUCCAAACUCGGUCCUUUGGCUGAUUUCCUCGAGUCAACAGCAGAGGGGCUACGAAAUAUCGCUGACAAGACUGCAAAGAGCGACCACACUGCUGUCGAGGAUGUACUGGGUGGCUUCAAGGACAUACUAAUCCAAGUGGGAGGUUUUGGCUUAGAUGUCGCUGUUGCAAUUGGUGAAGGUAUUCAAAGGGUUCAGGACGAACGCCAGAUUUCUCUAGCCCAGCCAACAACGCACGCAGCGAGAGACCUACCCUUACAGCGCUCCUCUGUAGUGGCAUUGAAACCUGAAGAGCCUGCGGUGCCUCCCACCGUUGAAAAGGCUCCCAAACGCGUGGAUUUCGCUCCACCACCACCACCUAUUCAGCCGGAGACAAAGUCAGUGCAGCGUCAACUUCGUCUCGACCAAAAUGUUGAUCCCAAUCACAAAUCACCUGCCGAGUAUUUCAGAGCUAAGGCAGCUGCCCAGUGCCGGCGUCAGCUCGAGGAAGUAAGGAGAUCGCACGUGGAGCAACCGUCUGCUUCAUCUGCUAAGCACUCCAUUUUGGACAUGGAGUCCAAUGACCCAGAUUUCUCCGCUCGAUAUCCUCCAUUGCUCGGUCUACGGAAGGCAAAGAGUGUCAUGGAAUUGCAACACAAGGCCCCAGAGGUCCACAAGGAGAAUACAGGCCCAGCUACCAUGCGAUAUCCUACCCUGAGAGAGUUUGAGCGGGACGCCUGGGCCGAGACGAUGCAGAAACGCCUCUCCAAUAUUACAGCCAUCAACAACGAGACUGCUAACAAAAUCGCAGACUUGGCAUCCAUCACAGACACUGCUCACCAAGUUAAGCAAAGCUUUGCGUAUCAACAGCCUACUGUUGAGGACGAGGUUGAUGCAAAGCAGGCUGCAAAAAAGGUCUCGCCUGGUUCCCUCGAGACAAACCGCAAGGAGCCUUCAACGACACUGCCAGGGGCCUGGCCUGAAUCAAGGUUCGAAGCUUCGACUGCUGCAUUGCCCAUUACGAGAGUCAUAACCGACAGAAAACCUGCGCCAACGACUCCGGCUGGGAAAGCCUCAAUGCCCGAGCGAAGUCCAGAUCUACCUUCGCACCGCAUGAGUCCCCCUUCUAGUGACGCAUAUCCCCGGGCACCAAUCUUUCCUAGAAGAAAUCAGACAGUCUCAGGAACAAACCCAGCUGCGAGACUGAAUGGGCCUUUCGAUCCCCUGGCUCACAUUCCUGCUCUGCAACCUCGUCCUCAGCGAUCUCAACCAGACCUCAACGCUGCCAAUACUGCACCAGCCAAUGCCUUGAACCACAAGCCUAGCUUGCCUGCAGUCUUGCCCAAUCGUAGCCGAACAGUCAACUACACCGAUCGAUACAUUCCAAAGUAUGUCUCACCAGAGACCUUUGCAAAGCACCCCUGGACUCAUAUGAAGAAUGAGGCGAAAAUUGGCCGCGAUGAUGGUCGUCACAUGCCUGGACCUGGAUACGGUGUUCGGUAUUUCGCUCCAUAUCCCUAUAAUCUUCGCACCCAUGGCAACCCGGUGCAGCUGGCCUCAAAUGAUCAGCGCAAGGCAACAGCCUCGACUGCGGCUACCCCGGCGAAUGCAUCAUCGUCUAGCUCCUCCGAGCACAUUCCAGUGUUCUGGGAGCGAUCAGCAGAUGGCGUGUUGUCGUACCGAACUGGAAACAACCCUACCCUGACUGCCUUGCCUCGUAAUCAGCCCAGUUCGGAGGCCCUUGUGGCGCCCCUCGCGGCCACCACGCAACCUCCUCGUCCGCAGCCAUCAGCGUAUGCCGUUUCUCACUAUCACACAGCAGCCAGUGCGCGUGGGCGUUCCCGAGCCCAUCCAAAAGCGCCAGCUAACUGCGCGGCCAUCGACGAGUGCGUCAAGACUUUAAAGCUCAUGGGCUUUGGCGCCAAUCCUAAUGACAUGGCAAGAUUGAAUGCCGUCGCUGGUGCCGCGGCAGGCAAUCUGGAAGACGCGAUCGAUAUGCUCGAGGAAGACCGUGAAGCAUCUGAGCGACUGCAGUCUGGAAGUGACGAGGAGGGUCGCAGCUCAAAACCGCACAGCGAUUGAAAUGCGCAAAGGUUCAUCUGAGGGAGGGACACGAAAGAAGUCAGCAUAACCAUGUGAAUGCAAGGCCCUUCGAUCGUGCUGAUGCAAGAGCUAUGGACAGCAAAGGAAACGCCACUCAAGAAAGGUAUUAGUGUGACGCUUGAUCGAGUAUUAUCGGUGUCAACGCGGUCUUGAAAUACUUGAGGGAUUGCAAUGAAGAAAUGAGACGACAACGAAUGUUGCUGAGCUUAGCUUGAUAUCAAGGCGCUGGAGGGGACGGGGAUUAUGCAUAGUAUUGGUGUUAAUUCUUACCAUCUGGCGUUUUCACGGUCUAGGUUAGCGAUGAAACACGGACUACGUAGGAAAUCGAACUUGCUGAGACGUCAGUAAUGAAUGAAUGAGAAUGCAUUCCAGGGCGAGAUCUG